ACGGCAUUUGAUCUUCGAAGCAUACAAACCACACACACUGCCGAAAAAAAAAAUUAGACUUUCUGAACAUGACCUCACGGAAGGCCAUUUGUUUCUUCCUGUGCACCACGGUAUUGUUUCAACAACAGUAUUGUUCUCCAGUGCCAACAAAUCGAAAAAUUCGUCAUGAUACGCGAAGGAAUUCAUUCUCGGACCAGAGUGAAGAAAAUUCAUUAACCUCGAACAGCUCCACUACGGAUCAGACGGAGUCGACGUCAUCUGUGCAGGUGUCCUCAACGGAAGUGACAACCGUUGGUUCGGAGACGACUUUGAGCACUUCAACAUCAGAACCCUGCACCACUAGGGAGACCAAACUCCUCGAAAUCGUCAUAAAGCUGUCCGAUAUAUUCAAGCAAAGCGAUCUCGUACAGGGGACAAAUCAUAGCAAGGUUAAGCGUGACGCUGCGCUGGACAAUUUGGUAAAUGUCGAUGGGAAACGGAGCUUUAAACCCGCACAAAAUCAAGAGGAACUGCUGGAAGUGGCUGAAGUUCAUCUCUUUAAACCUUACUUCAAAUACAAGUCAGCGACAAAAACCCGAAUCGGUACAGGUUCCACAGGUGUCACUAAAGUUUCUCAAUGA